UGUGUCCUAAGUCUAGGCCAAAACUUGGUAAACAAAUUCAGAUUAUGUUGAAAUGUAGAGAACAUUAGUAUUUGUGUUAUAGGAUCAUAUUUGCUUUUGUUCUUUAAGGGUUAAAAUAAUUCUGUACUCUCCUGGUGAUGUUAUUCAUAAUAAAUUUUUUAAAAAAUUAAUAAAUAUUUUAAUCACACUAAUGUGCAGGGCUUUUUAUUUGUUAAAAUUAUUACUUGUAGACUAUUUCCACUAGAAUACACAAGUUAAUAUAGAUUAGAUAAGAUUAGAUUCACACAGGCAUAAAAGGAACUCCCACUAAAUACGAAAACACAUUGCAGACAUAAACCUCGGUAUGAGUGGGCGAUGUGGUUUUACUUUUAACCACACACAUAUCUGAUUGAAAAGCAAGGGGAAGCUGUGUCAGUUCGUUUAAAAAGCGCUACCAAGAGUACAGAAGUCACAUAUGAACCUGUAAUCUAAAGGUAAACCUGCUUGGUGCUGCACACAAAAAGAGUUUGAGAAACGUUUUGAAACGUUCAUUGUGAAUCUGUAACUCUUAUAGGACUUUCUUAAACACCAUGAAGUGGCUUUUAAUUUCUUGCAUCACUGUGAUGGUUUACCUGCUGAUGCCACAGUGUCAAGCCUUCAUCGUCAUAGAAUCAAUGGUGAAUGAAGCCCUGACCCUCCUGUGUAACUGCUCAGGAAAUUGUCCAGUGGUUCGGUGGAUCCGCUUCAUUCCUAACAAAGCUGUCAUUGUUCAGCAGAUUUGUUCAAAACAAGAGAAUUUUAACAAAAGACUUGCACUACCAGGAGAUACAAGUAGAGGAGAUUUCUCCCUGAUGAUCAGUUCAGUAGCCUACACUGAUGCAGGCUCUUACAUGUGCAGAUGUAAUGAAAUAUCAGUGACAGAAGUAAAGCUGAAAGUUAUCAUUCCGACAGUUGUAAAGGCUUUCGAGGGGAAGAACGUCACUCUCCCGUGUUACGGAGACACUCGACAAGUCGUUAAAGAUGUAAAGUGGAAGAAAGAUGGACACGAGGUCCUGCUGUACACUCCUGCAAACAGAUGGAUGACUAAACAAAACAGAUUCACAAUGUCAGUUGAAGGCUUUCUAGACGGUGAUCUCUCUCUUCACAUCAGUCCAGUUCACCUGUCUGAUACAGGAUUAUAUCAGUGUCUCAUCCACGAUGAAUCUCAGGACGGAGAACCACGAGCUGUGUUACUGAAGGUAGAAGUUUACCUGCUGAUGCCACAGUGCCAAGCCUUCAUCGUCAUAGAAUCGAUGGUGAAUGAAGCCCUGACCCUCCUGUGUAACUGCUCAGGAAUUUGUCCAGUGGUUCGGUGGAUCCGCUUCAUUCCUGACAACGUUGUCGUUCAGAGCUGGAACUGUUCAAAACAAGAGAAUUUUAACAAAAGACUUGCACUACCAGGAGAUACAAGCAGAGGAGAUUUCUCCCUGAUGAUCAGUUCAGUAGCCUACACUGAUGCAGGCUCUUACAUGUGCAGCUGUAAUGAAAAAUCAGUGACUGAAGUAAAGCUGAAAGUUAUCAUUCCGACAGUUGUAAAGGCUUUCGAGGGGAAGAACGUCACUCUCCCGUGUUACGGAGACACUCGACAAGCCGUUAAAGAUGUAAAGUGGAAGAAAGAUGGACACGAGGUUCUGCUGUACACUCCUGCAAACAGAUGGAUGACUAAACAAAACAGAUUCACGAUGUCAGUAGAAGGCUUUCUAGACGGUGAUCUCUCUCUUUACAUCAGUCCAGUUCACCUGUCUGAUACAGGAUUAUAUCAGUGUCUCAUCCACGAUGAAUCUCAGGGCGGAGAACCACGAGCUGUGUUACUGAAGGUAGAAGGGCAACAACAAUUCACAACCACCAACAGCGCUCCAGUUUCAGGAGGGUUUGCACUGCUAGGAUUGUUCAUCUCUGUAGUGAUCAACAUUUACAUUACAUGAGAUUACCUGAUCAUUUUUAUUACAUGAGAAAAUGCAGAGACCAGAUUUUAUCUAAGACUGCAGGAUCUUUAGCUUUCCUGUACAUCACCGUAUUGUUGUCCUGUAUGUUCCUUUUAUUCUGUGUGUUUAUUGUCCUGUUCUCAUCUCACACUGUAUGCAAUCUUAUGUACUGUUACAUGUUACACCAUGGUACUGGAGUCAUUUUUGUUCUAUAAUGUACAAGCUAUAUAGCUGUGAUUUGUGAAGGGACUCAUGGCUGGUGAGGCACUGACUCUUUUAGAGUCAGAUUUACAAAUAUAUGAAUUCAAUCGAGUAUCUUAAAUUCACCAUUCAGGUGGCUGCUUGCACAUUGAUUAAUAGUUAUUUAUUACCUACUGUUUUAACUUGAACAGUCAUAUUAAAUGAAGAGGAAACACAACAGUAUUUAAACGUCUAAACAAUGACUUAAUUAACAUUUACUUGUAUUCAACUUCUUCUGAAAAAGAUUUUGAAAUGCUGGAGCCACCACAAGUGUUUUAUUUCCUUUGUUUUAAACCAUAUUUAACUCUUGUGUUGUCCUCCUAUACAAAUUAGGCGCGCUGAGUUUGUCAGCAGACUUGACCUUGUCUGUUUUGACCGCUUAUAAAAAACGAACUAUAUAUGAUAGCUUUUUUUUUUAACUUCUAACUUCUUUCCAACAUAUUAACAUAUAUUUUGAAAAAAAAAAUUGUCAUAUUUGGUAUAAUAAACCUAAUUAUUAUG